UAGUUGUUGAAUCAAAUUGAAAAAUCCAGAACCAUAAUAAGCCUUCCUCACAAAGAUCUGAUUCUCAUAUUUCACAGUUUCACAAUUUCACAAUUUCACAAACACCUUCGAUUCAUUGUUCAGUCCCAGAAAACAAGGUAGCAACCAUGAACGACUUGAUCUCCAGUUCCUUCUCUCGCUUCCGCAGCGACCAGGCCUCCCCGGACCGCCACCACGUCAUCGAGAUGUCCAGCGCCGGUGACGGGAACGCCGGCGGGAAAGUGAACCUCGACAAGUUCUUUGAGGACGUGGAGGGCGUGAAGGAGGAGCUGAAGGAGUUGGAGGGACUGGCGCAGAGUCUGAGGAGCAGCCACGAGCAGAGCAAGACGCUGCACAACGCCAACGCCGUUAGGGACCUCCGUUCGCGCAUGGACGGUGACGUUUCGGUGGCUCUCAAGAAGGCCAAGCUCAUCAAGCUCAAGCUCGAGGCUCUCGACCGCUCCAACGCCGCCAACCGGAACCUGCCAGGCUGCGGACCCGGUUCCUCCUCGGACCGGACCCGGACCUCCGUGGUCAACGGGCUGAAGAAGAAGCUGAGGGACUCCAUGGAGAACUUCAACGAUAUUCGUCAGCUCGUAUCGUCGGAGUACCGGGAGACCGUGCAGCGCCGCUACUUCACCGUCACCGGCGAGAAUCCCGAUGAUAACACGCUCGAUCGCUUGAUCUCCACUGGUGAGAGUGAGACUUUCCUUCAGAAGGCCAUUCAAGAGCAAGGCAGGGGUAGGAUUCUGGACACCAUCAAUGAGAUUCAAGAGAGACAUGAUGCUGUCAAAGAGUUGGAGAAGAGUCUGAAGGAGUUGCACCAAGUAUUCCUUGACAUGACCGUGUUGGUGCAACAUCAAGGUGAACAAUUGGAUGAUAUUGAGAGCCAUGUGGCAAGAGCUCAAUCGUUUGUGCACACUGGAACUGAGAAUUUGCAGACUGCACGAAAGCACCAGAAAAACACCAGGAAAUGGACCUGUUAUUGUAUCAUACUUCUUCUGGUGAUCAUCUUGUUUGUGGUGCUCUUCACUGUGAGGCCAUGGGAAAAGAGCAGUAGUGGCGGCAAUGGUGGUAAUCAGUCUACACCAACAACACCUUCGCCUCCACCUCCUGCUUAGCCUUAGGGAUUAGGAUCUAUAAUUCACGAAACAUACUUGUUUCAUUUACUUUGAUUUGAAGAUUGAGCUUUAUAUUUUGGGAUCUAGCAUGGUUGAGGGAAACAUGGAUUGGGUUGUGCAUUCAAAGAAAAUCUGUUGGGGGUGAACAACAGUUUUAUUACAAUCCAUGGAACGGUUGGAUGGUUAAUCUGGGAAGGAAAUGGUUGGUUGUUCUGUUGAGGUAGAUUUUUGGAGAUCAUUAUUUUGAGCAUCAUAUUCUUUUUCUGUAAGUAUUUUAUGAGUUUGAACACUUGUAUUGCUGACUGAUGGUUUAUAUAUUUAUAUAUAUAAAGGGAUCUUUCCCUAAAUAUGAUGUACAGUA